AUGUCCACCUCGUACUUUAGUACUAUCACCAAUGAAUCGGCCUUCAAGACACACUUUCAACAGGAGAAUGGGAUGGAUUUUAUGGAUAUCAAACUCGUCGGCGCCAGCGAAUGGGGGCGUGGUCAUCUGUUCGCCUGUCGCGUAAUCCGGCGACCAACUCAGCGCUCCGUUCUUCCGGUCUUGUCUAAUUAUACAAGGCCGUCGGAUUCGAAGUCCUCCCCCGAAAUCAUCAACUUUGUGAAUGGCCCACCAGACCUGACGUACAUGACUCAAAGCGAGCACCAACUUGAAGAUUACAUUGAUUCAGGCACAAUGCAAGUUGAUUCCAGCAGUCCACGAGAGAUAAGCUCCCAAGAGACAUCUUCUGCCGGUUAUGUCGACUCCGAAUCACAUAUGCUCCUGGCCUCACCAGAAGAUGAAACUUUACGGCUUGCAUCGUGCGUCAUUCGGCAUAUCUUGUACUUUGGCACCCCGCAGGAUUCUGUGGAUUUGGGAACCGUUGUCGAAUUCCGGGAUGCGAAAGUGAGAAUCGCUGUACAAAGCCCCUUACUGAACCGAAAAAUAGUAGCCAUUGAUGAUGGAGGCCUCUGCUUGCGGAAGGAAUUCAACGGUCGUUUUGAACUCAUCAAAAAUCACCUGGCGAUUCUGGAAGGCAAAAGACAAUUUCAAUGUCUUGAAGACGGCCGGCCGGUCAUUUCGGAUGACUGUCUCGCCCAGAUGACUUGUGAAGCUCUGGUAGUCGCCGCCGCCGAUCCGUCCGAGGAAUUGCAUCGAAACGGCGCCUUUCUAUAUGUCAAUUCCACUCCUUGGUUUGAUCUUGACUCUCAGUCUGGGAGGAAGCAAGUGGUCGCCAACCUUUGUGGUUUGAUGCGAAGGGAGCGCGAUGCCUAA